CACAAACAUCAAACAUGUCUACCUUCGCUGUUCUGUUGCUCUGCAUCCAAGCUUGCUUGGUCCAGAACGUAUUCAGCUACUGCUCAACCCCAACCCUAGCUGGCGUCAUUUCUUCUGCGGCUCCUAUAGCCACUGCGUGUGGAGCAACCCUGGCUCCUGGUGCAGCCUACACUCCCUCAUCCUACUCCCCCAGUUCCAUCUCCUGUGGAUCCUCAGCUGCCUACUCUCCUGCGUCAGCUUACGGUGGUACUGGUGAAGGCAAUGUGGCUGUUGUCGGUGAGCUGCCGAUCCUUGGAAAGUCCGUCAUUGCUGGUCAGGUGCCCAUCAUGGGCGCUGUGAGCUUCGACGGUGCUCUGCCAGCUUAUGGUGGCGUUUCCAUCACUGGUAACUGUGCUUGUGGGUGCCAGACUAAAGCCACGGGGGCUACACCUGAUACUGGGAAAGUAGCAGCAAUUGGUGGAAUAGCAGCACCAGGACCAAAAGCUGCACUGUCACUUGUCAUAGCUGUCACACCGUUACCACAAGCAUGGUUAAUAGCACCAGCACCAGCAGAAGACAUGGCACCUUCCAUUCCAGUAGUACCAACGAAAGGCAGCUCACCAGCCACGGACAAAGGACCUUCGAAGACGUUCUCAGAUACAAUAGAGAUUCCAGUUGGUGCGAUGGCAGAGGUGCUAGUUACUGGUAGAGAACCGCCGCUGACAUCAAACAUGUCUCCCUUCGCUGUCGUGUUCCUCUGCAUCCAAGCUUGCUUGGUACAGACUGUGUUCAGCCAGUGUCUCGGCGCGUACGCACCUGCCACCAUCAUCACCCCCGCCGCUCUCUCCACCGCCGCUCCCUGCGGCUCCGGCCUUGGCUACGGCACUGGUCUGGCUGGCUCCUACGGAUUGGCUUCUGGUUUGGGUUAUGACGGACUCGCCUACCCUGGCGCUGCCGGUUACGGCUCUGGAGUCGCCGCGUACGGCGGCGCCGGUGAAGGCAACGUGGCGGUCGCUGGUGAGCUGCCAGUCACCGGUAACACCGCUCUGUAUGGACAGGUGCCCAUCAUGGGGGCUGUGAGCUUCGGCGGUGCUGUCCCGGCUGCUGGUGCCGUGUCUAUCAGCGGCAACUGCGCUUGCGGCUGCGGAAACCAAUACGUGUACUAA